CCUGGCCUAGUCAAGCGACAGGUCGAACAGUUUUCUGGGUAACACUUCCCAGGUUCUCUCUGAUAUAUGUGAGGAACGCCUAGUACUUUCUCGUCUUUAAGGAGAAUUUCAGGAGAAUUCCCUAAAAGUCUUCACCAAUGUCUUGAAAUAUCCAAGUUAAAAUUCUUAUUUAUUGGUUUGAAUAGAGAUCAAUUGAACCAAAAGCAUGGCUUUAUUUGGGAUUCAGUUCGUUUUGAGUAUCACUGUUGCUACGUUCCUGCAGAAGCUUUCGCCUUAUCUUUCUCCAGCGAGAUGGAUCCUUUGUAAUGGCUGGCUAAUUCGAUAUCUUCACCCAACUGAUGAUCAGUUAAAAGCUUUGAUUGGUAAACCAACUGCAACCACAAAAGGAAACAGGAAAAGAACAAAUAACUAUGAAACAAGAAAAGGGUCUUCAAGUGACAGUACAUAUGGUACAGAUAAUACAUUCACCAUUCCAUGCUCUCUUGACAUCCAACUUGAAAAAGCCAAGUUAGCAGAGUUCGAUGUUCUACCACAGUUUCUCUACAGUGACUACAAAUGGCUGAUAGAUUUUUCUUGUAGUGCUGCAGUUUUAAACAUACUUAUUGAAGCGUUUGCUUGCUUCUUUCCGGCAAUUCUUUCUCAAGAGUUCAACCUUGGAUUAUUUUGGAAUUUGCUAGUUAUUUUAUUUUCACUCAAAGUCUUACUGUCAUUGACAGCUGCCUACUGGAGGGGGGAGGACACAGGAGAAAGAUCAAUAUGCCUGACAUUUGGUCUCUUCUUCUUCGUGGCAGCCAUGGCAGUUUUAGUGGUUGAUGAAAGUUUGCUGGAUUUUAAAUUGGAUGCAGGUUAUGAGAAGUUCUCUAAAAAGGCUGCUGACUUCUUGAAAAAACAAGGGUUCAGUUCAAGAGAGCCUGCCCCUAUCUGGGUGUUCAAGUUUAUGCUGGCCAUCGCAUCGGCUGUUCUUGGUGCCUUCAUGGGAUUUCCUGGCAUGAGAGUAGCUAACAUGUAUCUUGAUUCAUUGUAUUACUGCAGAGAAACUAAGUACAUGGUGGCUCUUCUUCAUCUUAAUUUUCUGUCUCCCUUAUUUCUUCUGUUAACCUGGAUUACACCUAUAGUCAAAGACCCACUAGUGACAGGAGAAUGGCACACUGCAAGACCAAAAGCUACUAAGUUGAUACAAAACGAACCGAAACCUCUAAUGAGUGAAUCGAUGUUCGAUGGCUUUCGUAUCGGUUUGGUAGUAUUUUUCUGUAUUGUUCGGUUAUGCUUAACGUGGAGACACCUACAGUCCUACCUCGACAUGGCACAGGAGAGAAUGGAGAAACUCAAACGAGAAACAGGCAGGAUAACCAAUAUAGACCUACAGAGAAAGGUUGCGGGAGUGUUCUAUUACCUCUCUGCAGCAACACUACAGUACUUGGCUCCCACGGUACUCAUAUUGUUCACAGCUCUGGUACUGAGAACGAUAGAGUUUACAGACUGGUCUGCCAUCCCAGAGGGAGGCACCUCCCGUCUCGACUACUCCAAUCUUAUCUCAAACUCCACAAGAGAAGCGGCACUUAGCCUCAGAGGGGUGCUCUCACCUGAGCUGUUUCAGGGGGUGUUCUCCUACUUGCUGUGGUGGAUGUGUUCAUCUUGGUUCAUUACGUCAGUGUUUGGAGUUAUUUAUUUAAAGAUGAUCAACCCUUGACUGGCGUUCUUGAUGCACGUGUUAUAUAUAAUAUUAGAUGUUUUAUUAUUUGAAUAAAGUCAGUUCAUGAGGUGAAUAUU